AUGUCUUCGUCUUCAGCCUCAAAAACUACAUUGAAUGAUAAACAAAGAGCAUCUGUAAUCACAUAUAAAGACCAAAAUCCAUAUGCUAGCAAUAUCGAUCUUGUCAAUUGGAUAAAAGCUACAUACCAACUAAAUGUACAUCCAAGUACAGUUUCCCGUUUACUAAAAAGAAAAGAAAGUAUUAUCAGCGAUUCUUCAGUCAAAAGACACAGAGCGGUUCAACAUCCAAACUUGGAAAAUGCACUAUACGAAUGGGUUAUACAAAUGCAGACAAGAGUAAUAUUAACUGAUGCGAUUCUGAUACAGAAGGCCAAAGACUUUGCACAAAU